GCCUCUCCUGCGCCCAGCAGCGGCGGAGAGCGCGCGCGGGAGAGGGACGGAGCGAGCUUGCGGAGCGGCCACGAUUCCCGGGGAAGAGUGAGUCUACUCCCUAAUAUUUCUCUUUCCUGAGGCCAGAAAGAUGUGUUGGUCAACAACUCCUAUCAUCCUUAGUCAACAUGAUCACUGACAUACCUGGAAGGCAUCAGAUUAAAGGGUAGAAUAAGUGGUGGAUUGUACAGCUUUUUGAAAACACUUCAGAUAAAUCCAGGUUUGCGUAGAUCGCACAUUGGAACAGAUGGAUAAUGGAGACUGGGGCUAUAUAAUGACUGAGCCGGUCACUCUAAAUGUGGGUGGACACCUGUAUACAACUUCGCUUACAACUCUCACAAGGUAUCCCGAUUCGAUGUUAGGGGCCAUGUUCAGGGGUGAUUUCCCUACUGCCAGAGAUUCUCAGGGCAAUUACUUCAUUGACCGAGAUGGGCCACUUUUCCGGUAUGUUCUCAACUUUUUACGAACCUCAGAGUUAACUCUACCUUUGGAUUUUAAGGAAUUCGAUCUGCUUCGGAAAGAAGCAGAUUUUUACCAGAUUGAACCCUUAAUACAAUGUCUUAAUGACCCCAAACCUUUGUAUUCUGUGGAUACCUUUGAAGAGGUAGUGGAACUGUCCAGUACACGCAAACUUUCAAAGUACUCCAACCCAGUGGCAGUGAUCAUAACACAACUAACCAUCACAACUAAGGUCCACUCAUUGCUGGAAGGCAUUUCCAACUAUUUUACCAAGUGGAAUAAACAUAUGAUGGACACUAGGGACUGCCAGGUUUCUUUCACAUUUGGGCCCUGUGAUUACCACCAAGAAGUCUCUCUUAGAGUCCACCUGAUGGAGUACAUUACAAAGCAAGGCUUCACCAUCCGAAACACGAGGGUCCACCACAUGAGCGAACGAGCCAACGAAAACACAGUUGAGCACAACUGGACUUUCUGCAGGCUGGCACGGAAAACAGAUGAUUAAUUUCCUGUUCAUUCUCUGUUUUUCCUUUUAUUCUCAAGAAGAUGGUCCAGCUUCUCAGAACAACGUAUUAGAAACGGGUCUGGCUUUGUCUAAAACAGCAUUGGAGGCUCUCUCUUCUUAUUUUGCUAUGAAUAUUUAUUAUUGAUUUUUAAAGACUGGAGAACGGACAUGUGCUGGACUCUUCUGUCUCUUGUCUUGUAAGAAACGUAUGUAUGUGGCUGCUCAAAUAUUAUGACUUUUUAAAAACGAAGGAUAAAAUAAGAGGGCAUCCUUAGAAAAAUGGUAAAUGAUCACAUUGUGACACUUUUCGUUGUGGUCAUUGACUUCAGUAUAGAAUGAUAAAAAUCAGCCUCCAGGUUCAAGCUGUGUUUAAUCCAUCUCCUAUUAUCACAAACCACUGGGAAUAAGACAGGUAAUUUCCCAUGCCUUUCUGUGCAGAUCACAUGGAGAUAAAUGCAAGAUGAGUUCAAGCUGGAGAAAUUCCUUCUGGAUUGUCCCCAGAAAUGGUUACGGUGCUUUUGGAGAUGAAAUACUACCAUCAUGGAAACUAACCUAGUUUUUCCUAGAUCAGUGAGCAAGCAGUAUUACAACAAUUUAGUUACCAACAAACCUCUAAGGCCAAGCCCUGCACCUUGUUUUAUUUUUCAAAAUACAGCAUUUUGCAGUUAUGGCAACUGUUUCUUUCUAUGCAUUAUAAAUCAAGCAACCAAAUAUUAUAUCUGCAGUUAUAAAAGUACAAUUAGAAGUAUUUAUAUGGGAUUCUGAAUGCAAAACCAUCCUGUGGUAGAAAUCCUUAUUUUUUAAUGCCGGGUGCAAUAUUAUUCCUAAAUGUAAUGCUUUCCAACAAAAAAGCUAAUAAAACAAG